CGUCAGAAUGACUAUCCAGUGUCUUUCCAUACUUUUGAGUGAAUGCAUUUGCAGGUGAAAGGCACACCGCUACCUAGCUAAACAAACGUCAAUGAAGUUAAUAUAAGAGUCGACAUUUUGCCAUCUGAAGUUAUUUCAAACUUGGUACUUCGGAAUAUCGAAAUUUGGUAGGCUGCCAUUGGGUUUGCUUACGCAGAUAUCAAGUAAAGACAACUUAAACCUCGUUGCAUUACAAUGAUAUUUUCCAUUUUUAAAACAGACUGAAGGGGACAACACCUGCAUUUACAUCUGUAUUACCCCUCUAUUUAUCAUGAUUAAAAUGAGAUACUCUCUCGGCGAGGAGCAGCCCAUGGAACGCAAUAGAAGAGGGCAACUUUUCUACUUUUUGGAAGUGGACGGGAAUCGAAUUGUUACAAAGGAAGCAACAACAUCCUGAUUUUACCUCUGGAUUUAUUCAUCUUUCAUCUUUUUGGAGCCUUAAACCAUGGAGACUGUGGGAAAGUUCGAGUUUAACAGGAAAGACUUGAUCGGACAUGGUGCCUUCGCAGUAGUCUUCAAAGGAAGAUAUAAGAAGAGACAUGAUCUGGAAGUAGCGGUGAAGUGCAUCAACAAAAAGAAUUUGGCAAAAUCACAGUCUCUUUUGGGGAAAGAGAUAAAAAUAUUGAAGGAGCUGAAACAUGAGAACAUCGUUGGUCUUCUUGACUUUCAGGAGAUUUCAGGCUGUGUAUAUCUUGUUAUGGAGUACUGCAACGGAGGUGACCUAGCUGAGUAUCUGCAGUCGAAGGGCUCCCUCCGAGAGGACACCAUUCGCAUCUUCCUGCAGCAGAUUGCGGGGGCUAUGAGCGUGCUCAGAAGCAAAGGCAUCAUCCACCGAGACCUGAAGCCACAGAACAUCCUGCUGGCCUACAACACCAGCCGCAGGGCCAGCCCCAGCAACAUCUGCAUCAAGAUAGCUGAUUUUGGGUUUGCCAGAUAUCUCCAGGGUGACACUAUGGCCGCCACCCUUUGUGGCUCUCCUAUGUACAUGGCUCCAGAAGUGAUCAUGUCUCAGAAUUAUGAUGCUAAAGCUGACCUCUGGAGUGUGGGCACUAUUGUCUACCAGUGCUUAACCGGCAAGGCACCCUUCCAGGCCAGCAGUCCACAGGAGCUUCGUCUUUUCUAUGAAAGAAACCGAAACCUGACCCCUAGCGUCCCCCGAGAGACCUCUGGUCCACUGAGGCAGCUGCUGCUGGGCCUGCUGCAGAGGAACCAUAAGGACCGCAUGGACUUUGAUCAGUUUUUCCAUCACCCAUUCCUGCAGGCAAGCUCCUCAUCAAAGAAAUCCUCUCCAGUGCCCGUGCCCGUGCCAUCCUACCCCAGCACUGGUUCUGGGAGCUCCUGCAGCAGUUCCUCCACUCACCUGACACCAACUCAGUCCGAUGCAGAGGCCCAGAGUCCCCUUCAACGUCCCGCCACCCCAUUCUCUCCUGACUCUCUGCUUAAAGACUCCUCCUCCUCUGAACCUGAGGACUUUAUCAUGGUUCCUGCCCAGUUCACCAGUGAAAUUGUGUGUGAUGCGGCAGGAGGCCAACCCACGGACAGUCUGAUGCAGAGCGGUAGUUUCCUGUUGGCUGCCGGAGCUUCUGCAGGCAGGACUCCUCUCCCCUCCCCCUCCUUACGCACCUGUCCCAGCCCUGUCAGGCCAGCUGAGUUGUGUGGCAGUAACUACAGCCAGUCUGUACCCAUCCCGGUGCCCACUCAGACUCACAACUACCAGCGCAUGGAGCAGAACCUGCAGAGCCCCUCCAGGACUACAUUACCCAUGCAGCACUGCUGUGGCAAAGCAGGAAGUUUCUCUCCUGUCCCCUCAGAAGCAGCAGCAGUGACCACCCACCGGGGGUUGUCUGGUGGGGGCUGUAGACCUUACCAGCCCUCGCCACUGGUUGGCACCAUCCCAGAGAGACCCAAUCAGGUGUCUCCUCGGGGCACCAGGACUGGAAUGCAGAGAGCAGACCUGAGCCCUAAGUACAAGAUUCAGACUCACGUCUCACCCCAGCACCACACAGACUUGGGAACAGAUGCCCCACAGAGUCAUAGGAAGAGGACCCAUCGGCAGAGUCCUGACCCCACUGUGCCUAAAGGUGACCUCAGCAGGCGACCCAGUUCCCAGAACUUGGGCUCCGCAUUCCUGUUCCCUCGCACCCGCACCGUGCCCAACCUAAAGGAGCUGGAGGGCGGCCAGGGCACCGUGCCCACUCUCACCAGACACACCGUGGAGAGGAGGGGAGAGUCUGUGAAGAGGUCGAUGAGCACAGGCCGCCUGUCAGACAUGUUGCUGAAGGCUGUGUUUGGAGCGCAGCUGGACCGGGGCAGCACAGACAACCUCAAUAUGGAGAGACCCAUGGACACAACAGUAGGGGUGAUGGGUAGUCCCUCUCGGGUCGUCUUCACAGUGGGCUCCCCCAGCUCCGGUCCCUCUCCUCCCCUGACCAGCAGGCCUAGACUCCUCACUGUGGGCUCGUCCAGCCCGGUUAGUCCAGGCUGGACCUUCGGGGGUCGGCAGGCCAAAGCGGGAGCGGGAGCACAGGGGGAGGGCUGCGACUGCUCCCCAGACCCCAACACCAGCCCCCUGAGCAGGGGCAUCGCCUUCGAGCCCCCAGAGCUGCCGGAGGACACUCUGAUGGAGCAAGAGCACACGGAUGCAGUAGGCCAGCUGCGUUUCAUCUUGGCCUUCUCCCACUGCAUCAUGGAGAUUGCUGCUGCAAAGGACUCUGGCAUUGAGACGUGCGGUGCCCCAGAUGCCUCGUUCCUGGAGCAGAGCAUGGUGGCUGACCAGAUCAGCUUGCUGAGUCGCGAGUGGAGCUAUGCUGAGCUGCUGGUCCUGUAUAUGAAGAGUGCUGAGCUGCUGUCAUCUGCACUGCAUACUGCCAUGGAGGACAUCAAGCAGGGCAAAAUCUACGCCUCCUGUACCGUCAAACAGGUGGUGCGUAAGAUGAAUGAGCUGUACAAGUCCAGUGUGAGCUCGUCUCGCUCCCUCAGUGCCCGGCUGCAGCUGUUCUUCACCACCAAGCAGAGGCUCAUGGACCGCAUCAACAGCAUCACGGCUGAGAAGCUCAUCUACGCCCACGCUGUGAGCAUGGUACAGUCCACAGCCCUUGAUGAGAUGUUUCACCAGGGUGAGGCCUCAGUGGAGCGCUACCACAAAGCCCUGCUGCUUAUGGAGGGGCUCACAUUCAUCAUCACUGAACCAGCAGACAUACACAACAUCGACAAAUGUAAACAGUGCAUAGAGAGGCGCCUCUCUGCCCUACAGCCUGGAACAUAUGUCUGAAGGAGGGCGUUAAACCCCAGUCCAUCUCCAUCUUUGCUCUCGCCUUCGCCGUCAUCACCGCCACCUCCAUUCUCCUCUCUGAAACGUGUUGUGUUCCCUUUUGUAGAUGAUCAUUUGAGAAGCGCCUCCACCCCGGUGUUGGUGAAGGUGAGAUAGUAGCCCUCCAGCUAGGGUCUCUUGAUCAAAGAUGAAUGGUUAGAUUACUUUCCUGGCGCGCAAAGACUUCCACCUGUGGGGGAGCACGCUCUAAGCUUACCCCUUGGCAAGCAGCUGUCUCUCCGGUGUCUUUGGAGAAGUCAUGAAGCCAAUCGGCUGCCACAUGUCCUUGACUCAGUUGUCAUUGUUGGGGCUGGAGAAACAGUGGUAUUCUGUAUGAUCACUCCCAGGUCGAUUAACCGGGAGAGUGGAAUCACAUUAUUAUUAACAGGGUAUAUCAAGGAGGGAUUUGACCAAAAUAUUGCCCAUGCAUAACAGACAGCAGUGAGAGAGGGAAACAGUAUGGUCUUUGAGUCACAUCGAACUUUUGAUACUUGAUUUCUGAUAGACAUUGAAUCAGGCAAUAUUCUUUCCUUACAACCACUUGCAGCAUCAGAAUGAUCUACCAGGGUGCUGGGCACUAAUUCAAGUGGAUUACAGAUUUGCACAGCUCUUUUUGCAGUUACAAAUAAGCCCUAAUAUUCUACUCUGUAGCGUGCAUGUUCAUGGCAUGCCUGUGUGUUUUGGAACCAAUGGACACUGAAUGGUUGGUCAGAUUAGCAAUGCUGAAUUGCAUUAAGUUAUGCAGUGUUUAAUGCCAAGUUGUUGAAUGUCAUGGAAGAUGUCUCUUUUUGGGUAAAUAGGUAUUUCAUACCCAAGCAUGGGAGAAAUUAAUAGAACAGCACUUUAUGCACCAAACCUACUGUGUACAAAACUCUUUUAUUUCCCUACUGCUUUCAAUCUGCCCUGUCGGAAAACAACAUGGCUGCCAUUCUUUGGCAGUGUCCCAUUUUAUGUAGCAUCCUGAUUUUGUUGAAUGUUAUUGGCUUGAUAUUGUUGUUGUUUUUAUCCUCAGACUUUGUCUAGUAUGUGCUUUGUGUAUCAUUUUAGGUCUAGUUUGAAACUGAUUUUAUUUAUUUCAUUUAGAUAGAGGUGUAUACAAUGUUUUAUUUGGCUUUGAUACCAAAACAAUGCAUAUUUAAGUUUAGCUUUGAGUUGGGUGUGAACUUUUACCAUGUAGGUUUUUUAAAAAGAAACUGUUACUAAUUGUUUGAGUAAUUGUUUCGCUCCUUGCUCAUUAGAUAUAUUUGUCAAGGUUCUUCUGUGUUUGAAAGCAUCCCUGACUUUGUUGUAGGAAUGGAUGAAAAGGCCAUGUUCAACAGCCGAACACCUAAAAAAACUAAAAGUAGAAUAGCAUGUAUCAUUAAAUAUGUUGAAGAUGUGGUGUUUUGCUUUUUAUUGUGAUAAAAAUCAUGGACAGUGUAACUCUUACCAAAGCAUCACACCUACUGCCUCGCCUUAACUAAACCAAGUUCCUCUUGUCUCAACAACACAUGCUGUAUGCUUUGGGUAAUGUCGCCCUCUAGACACGAACACAGGUCCUGCCAUUUCCCUUGUGUGUGUGUGUGGGGUGGGUGUGUGUGUGUGUGUGUGUGUGUGUGUGUUCACUCACAUUUGUCUGCAUGCUUCACGUCACACUCAAAUGCCUUCUCAGAAUCCGUGUUGACAAUCAUGACAGGGUUAGGAAAGGUUGUAUUGCCAUACUGUAGCAGGAAUUGCAUGGUUGCAGUGCAUACCGUACCAAAUGUUUGCACUAGUGCUAAAAUAUUCAUCAGCGCAGAUCUUGAUUGAAUAUGUUUUUCAAUAAAUAAAGAUAACCAAAACAGAUUUAAUCUGUCCCCCCCCCCCCCCCAUGAAUUGUAUUGUUGAGUGUUUUGAUUGUUUUGUGAUGGGGUGUUUGUACUUGAGUUGUUAAUGAAUGUUUCUGACACAACCUGGAUGUAAGGAUGCACAGAACACUGUAACAGUGAUGACAAAAUGACUAAUGAAUAAUGUACUUUUUUAAUUUCCAGGCAAAAGAUAUUUGUAAAUGAAUUGCUGCAGUAUUUAUAUUGUUUGUAUGUGAAUGUUGUUUUAAAGCCAAAAUCAAAUUUGCAUUUUGGAGCAUGUAUAUUUGAGUUUGAAAUAAAGAAGUUUGCUUUUUACCUUUUAAAUA